UUUAGAUAGAAACCAAAGAGAGAGAGAGAUCGAAAUAGUAAAAUAACAAAAAUGGGAAGAGGAAGAAGCUCAUCGUCUUCAUCGAUAGAGAGCAGCUGCAAAAGCAACCCAUUUGGUGGGUCUUCAAGCAAUACUCGGAACCUGAGCACAGACCUGAGGCUCGGACUCAGCUUCGGAUCAUCGUCCGGCCAAUAUUACAACGGUGGAGAAAACCAUGAUCAGUAUGGAGGAGUGGGCGCGGCUGACCAGGAGAUGAUGAUCUUGGAAGAAGAAGAUCAAAACGAGUGUAACAGCGUCGGAAGCUUCUACGUGAAGGUCAACAUGGAAGGAGUUCCCAUCGGAAGAAAGAUCGAUCUUUUGUCACUUAACGGAUACCAUGAUCUUAUCACAACUCUCGACUACAUGUUCAACGCCUCAAUCCUUUGGGCUGAAGAAGAAGAGAUGUGUAGUGAGAAGAGUCAUGUGCUAACGUACGCAGACAAAGAAGGUGACUGGAUGAUGGUUGGAGACGUUCCUUGGGAGAUGUUCUUGUCUAGCGUGAGAAGACUGAAGAUCUCAAGAGCUUACCACUACUGAUUUUUUUUUCUUUUCUUAAAAGCAAAGGUGGAAAUCUAGGAUUGACCAAUACAGUGGUGGAGAAAAAGUUAGUUUUGUCUGAUGUAAAUCACUUGUUCGAGAUUUUUGUUUCUAGUUUUAUUAUUACAUUCUAUAAAAAUCGGUCGUAACUUGUAAGGAGGCAAUUUUUUCAAAAAAAAAAAGGUUUCGCUUAUGCA